AUGGCGGCGGCUGUGUUGCUUCGGGGUGCGGCUCUGUGGCUUGGCCCGGCCUGGCGUUGGCGGCUACGUGGGACACCGAGGCGCCACCUAGCCCACAGCUCCGGCCUUCCCUGCGGUGACCCCGAGGGCAGCGCGAUAUGGACUUACUUCCGGCUGGACGAACGGGCCCUGGUGCGCGUGCGCGGACCGGACGCAGCGCCCUUCCUGCUGGGGCUACUAACCAAUGAGCUGCCGCUUCCGGGGCCCACGGACGGUGCAGCCCAGCCUUCUGUGCGCGCGGGCUACGCCCACUUUCUCAAUGUGCAGGGCCGGACGCUCUAUGACGUCAUACUCUACGGGAUACAGGACCGUGGAGAGGAGGUCCCAGGCUUCCUCCUGGAGUGUGACAGCUCUGUGCUGGGCGCCCUGCAGAAGCACCUUGCACUGUACAAGAUCCGGCGGAAGGUCACAGUGGAAGCGUACCCUGAGCUGCGUGUAUGGGCAGUACUGCCCAGCGCCCCUGAGGCCAGUGGGGCAGUGCCACUGCAGGAGAAGUCGGAUGUUGUCACUAUUCUCACCCGUGACCCUCGGACCGUGCGCAUGGGUUGGCGACUCCUCACCCAGGUUGAGAGCCCUGCCCUAGUGCCCAGGGGCCAGCUGAGGGAUUCCCGGGAUUAUCACCAACACCGGUACCGGCAAGGCGUUCCUGAGGGAGUCAGUGACCUGCCCCCAGGGGUGGCCCUGCCCCUGGAGUCCAACCUGGCCUUCAUGAAUGGUGUGAGCUUCACCAAGGGCUGCUACAUUGGCCAAGAGCUGACUGCCCGUACCCACCACAUGGGGGUCAUCCGGAAGCGCCUCUUCCCUGUACAUCUCUCAGGCUCCCUUCCUGCUGGUGGCAUUGCCCCGGGCUCUGUGGUGCUGACGGAGUCAGGACAGGUGGCUGGCAAGUUCAGGGCCAGCCAGGGGAAUGUGGGGCUGGCCCUGCUUCAGUCAGAGAAAAUCAAGGAUCCUCUCUACAUACGAACCUCCGAGAGUAACCAGGUGGCCUUGACUGCAUCUGUGCCAGACUGGUGGCCCACAGCUACCAAGUAGCCCUAAAUGCCUGGGUCUCUGGCAGGCCAGUGGAGCUUUCAGUGCUGGGGGCCUCUGACCAGGGGCUGCUGGUCUCAUCUCCUGUGCCUUGUAGGGUGGGAGCCCUACUCCCUAGUGGGUCUGUUGAGAGUCUCCCAUGUUUCUUCAUAGCCCAGAGCUGCAGGCCUGGUGUAGCUCAGCACCCAGCCCUACUGAUGUUUCCUGUGGAGGGUCCUAUGGCUAUGGGUUUCCCUAUCUGUGGAUAUUCUGUGGCUAGGAGCAGCAGGAACCCUCCUGGGACCUGGGGAAGGGAGAAAGUGGCCUGAGCCCACCUUUGACUAGACCCUGCAGAGUCCAUCAGCCACAGAUGGGAUGCCCUUUUUGCCCAGAGCUGGCAGCUUUGGGGCCUUGCACCCCACUUUGCCCUUGAUCGGGCUUGAGAAAUGUGGUCUCUGCAUUUGGCGGCCAGGGUGACAUUGGGGGAUGGCAGCCUUUGGGAAUUGUUUCCCUGUGCUCACUUUGGAGCAUGUCUCAGGGUGAGGGUUGUGUGUGAUUAUCCUCAGGUUGGAUGUGGUGGGAUGGGGACAUCUGCAGGAGGAGGUGCAGACACUGUGGACCUGUGCACAGCUGAGCCAUCUGCACCACUGUGGGCUCAGGAGGCCCAACCCAGGGGCUACAGAUGGUUGUGUCCACCUUUCCAUGGCUAGGGCCUGGCAAGGAGGGGCUCACACAUGACUCCUGUUCGCCAUGUUUUAGAUGUAGCUGUAGCCAUGUGUUUUUAGUCAGAGUGUGACUUGCUGUUGGGUAGAGAUGUGGCCCCUUUUUCAACUACUAACUUCCCAUCUUGUUGGAGUGUGACUUCUGUGUUAUGGGGCAUCUAUUAAAGCCUGACACUCA